AUGGACCAGUCCAAGUCCAAGUCCAAGGCCGCAGUUGACCAUUCCGGCGAAAGAGGGCUCACCUUCAAUCAAACCGUUAGAGAACUUGUUGAAUUUUUAGAAGUUGCAAUUCAUACGAUUCUUUUCAUUCGAGGUGUCUAUCCUCCCGAUUUAUUUGUUCGUCGGCGAAAGUGGGACGCACCGGUUUAUCAGUCGCGCCACCCCGCGUUGAACGAGUAUAUUGCGGGCGCAGUGGCCGCAGUUCGCGAUGAGCUUCUAUUGGGUACAGUAGACAAGAUGGUCAUGGUUAUCAAAAGCGGUCAAGACAUAGCACUAGAAAGGUACAUCUUUUCGUUACAGACGGUGGUCCAGCCCGGCCCGUCCGAGAUGAGUAGAUGGAACAAAGACAUGGUAGUUCAAAAUUCGUUGCCGUUUCUCGCGUUGCCCCAGCAUUUUCGUUCGUUUCUGGUAAAGUUAAGUUUAGUAGAGGCCCAAUUGGGCGACCUGCCAUCAGAUGAAGACAUGUCAUUUGGUAUCUUUCUUGAGCUUCAAGAUGGUGUUAGCCCGUCCGCUUGUACAGGCUCCGACCCCCCACCAUGGAUCGCGGCCUAUCCACAGCACACCUCGGCUGGAACUUCUGACGAUGCCGAAUUACGCGUUAUACGGGCCCUUGAGACGGGCCUGGCACUGGUUGUUCAAGAGUCUGGUGAGAAACUGAGCAGGAUCAGUAAAGCGGCUGGAAAGAAGGCCCUGAAAUGA